AUGAAAGAUAUUCAAACCAAUACCAAUCCUCAACUUCCAAAAGAAGACUUUUACAAAGAGUUAGCUGAACAGAUUCAGGUCAUAACUGAAGAUCAAUCUUUUUGGGUGACGAAUCUAUCUAAUGCAUCUUCAGUGAUAUUCCAUGAACUGAAUAGUUUAGCAUAUUUUCAAGAAAAACCUAUCAACUGGGCUGGUUUUUAUAUUACUAAUCCAAAGAAUGAUCAACAACUAAUACUUGGUCCUUUCCAAGGCAAGGUUGCUUGUACAGAAAUUCAAUUCGGUAAAGGUGUAUGUGGAACAGCAGCAAGUACUAUGCAAACUCAAGUGAUACGUGAUGUUCACCAAUUUCCUGGUCAUAUAGCUUGUGAUUCAGCAUCUAAUUCGGAAAUCGUUGUUCCUUUAGUGGUGGACGGGCGACUUGUUGGAGUAUUGGAUAUUGAUUGUCAAGAAAAAGAAGGUUUUGAUGAUACUGAUAGAAUAGGAUUAGAAGCAAUUGCCAAAAUUAUUGUAGACAAUUGUACUUGGUAGAUCUAUUAUUUAGCAUAUUAUCAAUAAAAAAUGCACAAAAGUUGGAUACAGUU